AUAGUCUGAGAAGUUCUUCACUUUUUGUGUUCUCUGUUCUUCCCCUCCUUCCUUCACUUCCGCAGCAUUACAUAAGAUUUUUUUCUCAGUUCAGUCAAAGCGACACCGUUUUACACCAUUCGGUUAGUUUUCUCCUUUUCUUCAUCUUCUUCUUAUUCUCAAGAGAGUAACUCAACUCGCCGCCGCAAAACCCUACCGGAGCUGUUCGCCGCCGCCACAAAAAUUCAGACUCCGCCAUUCCCGCCACCGAUUGUAAUCAUUCAACAAUGGAUAAUACACCACAAUCUGAUGAAGCUAUCAACAGUAUUAAAGAUAUUCGACAACAGCUCGAAGCUCGAAUUGAAACUCAGCACAAAUCACACAUGGAUAUGCUUUCUUCUGUACAAUCCAUUAUACCUAACCUCGUUUCUUCUCUCGAUCUUUCGCUCAAAGUUCUAUCGUCUUUUAAUAAUCGGCCUUUUGCGCCUACACCGCCUCUUCCUCCGGCUCCACCUAGUUUUAAUCCACUCAAAUCAUCAAUGCAGCUACCUCAAAACCCUACUAGUGAUAGUGAGAAUAAUAAUCUUCAAAACCCUAAGGCCUUGUUGGUUAAUACAAAUUCGGAAUUAGAGAAAGUUAGUCCUUUGUCCAUUGUUAGAUCAAUGGUUGCGGUUUGUCUUUUAGGUCGAGUGCCUUUUUCGCCGAUUGAUUCUUCCACUGUGUUGAGGAAAUUGGAGAAUGAUCAGACGGUUACGGCGCAAGAGAAAGCUGCACUUCAGGAGCUUGGUGGAGAUUUGGGAGGGCCGACGCUUGCGGUGGAGAUUGCUUUGAGGUCAAUGGCGGAGGAUAAUGGUGCUGUUGAAUUGGAGGAUUUUGUUGUUAGUGGAAAAGCGAGGAUUAUGGUUUUGAAUAUAGAUAGGACUCGUCUUAUGAAAGAAUUGCCUGAAGCUGCGCUGAGUAAUCAGCAAAAUGAAUCGGGUUUUGGAGAUGGUAACACGAAUCAAAAUCAGCAGCAAAUUAAUGCUGGUAGCGCCAAUAUGAACGGUGUUAUGAUGGGAAGGCAAGUUUUGAGGCCAAUGUCUGAUAUGUGGAUGUCGCAUGGUGACCCUCACAUGUCAGGGUUACAACCAAUGUUUUCUGGUGGUGGACCAAGAGGAACACCGAGACUAAUGUUGGCUCCACACAGAGGUAUAGGUAUUCCGACGAUGCAUAGACUCCCAAUGGGGCCAAAUGCAUCAGGGAGUAGUUUUAAUGCAAUGCCACAGAAGCCAAAAACAUUAGAGGAGGAUAACAAGGAUCUUGAGGCUUUAAUAAAUAAGAAAUCGUUUAGGGAGAUGCAGAAAUCUAAAACCGGUGAGGAGCUUUUGGAUUUAAUUCAUCGACCAACUGCAAGGGAGACUGCUGUAGCUGCUAAGUUCAAAACUAAAGGUGGUUCUCAAGUGAGGCAAUAUUGUGACUUACUGACAAAAGAAGAUUGUCGACGCCAGACCGGUUCCUUUGUAGCAUGUGAUAAGGUUCAUUUUAGACGAAUUAUUGCUCUUCAUACUGACAUUAAUUUGGGAGACUGCUCAUUUCUUGAUACUUGCCGGCACAUGAAGACAUGUAAGUAUGUUCACUAUGAGUAUGACCCUACACCUGAUGUGCCUCCAACAAUGAUGGGUGCUCCUCCUCCUCCCAAACCACUAAAGCAGCAGCGUGCUGAGUAUUGUUCUGAAGUGGAACUUGGGGAACCACAAUGGAUCAACUGUGAUAUACGUAACUUCAGAAUGGACAUAUUAGGUAAGUUUGGAGUUAUAAUGGCCGAUCCACCAUGGGACAUUCACAUGGAGCUGCCUUAUGGAACAAUGGCUGAUGAUGAAAUGCGCACGCUUAAUGUCCCUGCUCUGCAAACUCACGGGCUUAUUUUUCUAUGGGUCACUGGACGUGCGAUGGAACUUGGGCGAGAAUGCUUAGAACUUUGGGGAUAUAAACGCGUUGAGGAGAUUAUUUGGGUGAAAACAAAUCAACUACAGCGAAUAAUUAGAACUGGGCGUACUGGCCAUUGGCUCAAUCACAGCAAAGAACAUUGUCUUGUUGGAAUAAAGGGUAGUCCUGAAGUAAACAGAAACAUCGACACUGAUGUUAUUGUUGCUGAAGUCCGGGAAACAAGCAGAAAGCCAGAUGAGAUGUAUCCGUUGUUGGAGAGGAUAAGUCCAAGAACAAGAAAGCUGGAAUUGUUCGCUCGCAUGCACAAUACUCAUGCAGGGUGGAUGUCUCUUGGUAAUCAAUUGAGUGGUGUGAGGUUAGUUGAUGAAGGACUGCGGGCAAGGUUUAAGGCAGCUUAUCCAGAUGUGGAGGUGCAGCCAGCAUCACCUCCCCGAGCUUCUGCUAUGGAGAUAGACUCUAGUGCUGCUGCUCAAACAAGCACAGAAUCAAAGUCCACUAUAACACAGUUUACAGAGCCUGCAGCUCCAGCUACUAUCUCUGCUUCAGUGGAGAAGGCAAUGUCCAUUGAUGUGGACACUAACUAAGUUUUUACCAUUUUAAGUUUAUGCUCUUGGGGUAUACCAAUUUUUUGUGAGCAUGGUAAUGUAAAUUUAAAUAAUGUUGUAGCAGUUGUUCUGUCAAAGUUGCAUUCAAGUUGUACUUAACUGUUACAAUUAUUUAUAUGUUUAGCAUGUUUAUCAGUAUUGCAUGA